GAAGAACUAAACCCAGAAGCUCAGGCAAGAGCUAAGAAGCAUGGUUGGCUCAAGUUACCUGUGUUCUUAGAAAUAGUUAAAUAUUAAUGUAGGUUCUUGCAUAUCAGAGGGCAAAGCUCAGAGCACAGAGAGGUAGGCCAGGUCUGUGAAGAGGGGCAGGUAGGGUCAGUGUAGGGGACAUAGCCGGGAGCCAUCGGAGUCAGGCAGCGUAACCCAUUUACUCUUGCUGCACUCCAUGGGGAUGGCCUGCCUCCCCUGUGCGGCCCGGGGAGUUUCUGCAGGGGUUUUCCUCUUAGGGCUUUGGGGUGUGGCUCUCGGUGACAAGCUGCUGGUGGUCCCCCAGGAUGGAAGCCACUGGCUCAGUAUGAAGGGCAUAAUUGAGGUGCUUAGUGACAGGGGCCAUGACAUCGUAGUGCUGGUGCCAGAAGUCAAUUUGCUUCUGAAAGAGUCCAAACACUACACCAGGAAAAUCUAUGCGGUGCCCUACGACCAGGAAGAGCUACAGAGACGCUUCCGAACCUUUGGGAACCGGCACUUCGAGGAGAGAUCGCUCCUGACUGCUCCCCUGGUGGAGUACAGGAAUAACAUGGUCGUCGUUGACCUGUGCUUCAUCAACUGCCAGAGCCUCCUGAGGGACUCAGCCACUCUGAGCUUCCUCCGGGAGAGCAAGUUCGACGCCCUGUUCACAGACCCGGCCAUGCCCUGCGGGGUGAUCCUGGCCGAGUUCCUGGGCCUGCCCUCCGUGUACCUCUUCAGGGGCUUCCCGUUUGCCCUGGAGCAUACGUUCAGCCGAAGCCCGAACCCCGUGUCCUACAUCCCCAGGUGCUACACCCAGUUCUCAGACAGGAUGACUUUCUCCCAGAGGGUGGUCAACUUCCUUGUUAAUCAUUUGGAGAACCUCGUAUUUCACUGUCUGUUUUCAAAGUACGAAGACCUCGCAUCAGACCUCCUCAAGAGACAGGUACACUUACCCACCUUAUAUCAGAAGGGCUCCAUUUGGCUCUUGAGAUAUGACUUUGUGUUCGAGUAUCCCAGACCAGUCUUGCCCAACAUGGUCUUCAUUGGAGGGACCAGCUGUAAGAAGAAAGGGGUCCUGUCUCAGGUGGGUGGCUUUAUUCCUUUGUGAUUGCCCCGUUUCUUC